AUGACAAAAAUGCAAAGACUCUUUUGGGAAAUGCAAUGCAAAUCACUGAGUUGCAAAAGUGCUUCAGGGAUGCGCUGGCAUCCAAUGAUGGUUAGACUGGCCAUCAGACUGGAGUCAAAAGGGCCAGGCUGCUAUGAUGAAUUCAGAAAAAUAGUACACUUUCCCUGCAAGACUACCCUUCAGGACUAUACUCACAUCAAUCCGGAACAUCUUGGAAUCAGAAGUGACAAUAUUGACAAGCUGGUUAAAAAUAUGCCUGAACAUGGGAAGGGAAAUUAUGUAUCACUUAUGUUCGAUGAGAUGACCAUAAGAGAAGGAGUCGUAUUUGAUUCAAAGUCAGGGCAACUCAUCGGAUAUACCAAUUUGGACGAAGUAGAGGCAGAGAUUGAGAGACUUGAUUCGAACAACUCCUUCCACAAGCCAAAGUUGGCCAAAAAAGUCCUCGUCUUCAUGGCAAAAAACAUCACUGGAGGAAAAAGUCUAAAAGAAGCUGUUGCUAUAUAUGCAGUGACAAGUGCAACAGCAGACCAGAUUUACAGAAGAACAUGGGCAGUUAUCGAAGAACUGGAGAACAGGUCUGUCAAAGUUUUGUGUCUGGUGUGCGAUGGUGCAACAACAAACCGGAGCUUCUUCAAAAUGAUGCAACAUCCUGAUGCUGAUGGGACACGGCCACCAUUCAGCACAAAAAACAUUUUCUCUGGAGAUGAAGAUAGAGACUUGUUUUUCAUCUCUGAUGCGCCGCACUUGAUCAAAUGUCUGAGGAACAAUUUUUAUUCACAUAACUUGUGGAAAAAUGGACAAGAGAUUAGUUGGAGUUCCAUCACAGCACUGUACGAAAGGAGCAAGAAGGAAACCUUGAGGAGGUGCUGCAAACUCACUAAAGGACAUGUGGAGCUAGACAACUUCCCUAAAAUAAAAGUGUUCUUCGCAGCCCUAGUCAUGAGUGAGGCCGUCGCCAGCGAGCUUCAACUUGUCGAUCCAGUCUCUUUCAGGGAGACGAUCAAUUUCAUCAAAUUGAUGGACAAUUUUUCUGACUGCCUCAAUGGGAGACCCUCACUGCAAGGCAAACAAUCCUUCAAUCCUGAAUUCAACCCCUACAAUGACAUGAAUGACAGUCGGUUCCAGUUCUUGCAAGACGUUCUCACUUAUUUUGAUUACUGGAAGGAGGAAGUCAUGUCAAGACCUCGAAAUUUUAAGAAAGCAAACAGAAAAUCAAUGACAAUCACAGAUGAAACUAGAAAUGGUAUUUACAUCACAGUUAAUGGUUUUACUGGAGCGGUGCGGCACCUCUUGUCCAAAGGCAUUAACUAUGUAAAUGGCCGUGACUUCAAUCAAGAUGACUUGGAGCAGUAUUUUGGCCAUCAAAAGGGCAUUGGAAGGCAAAGCAACAAUCCAGUGUUGAAACAAGUCCUCCAGAACGACACCAAAAUUUCCCUGGGCAACCAGUUGGCUGUGGUGGUUAAAAAAAACGCGUACACUAAAAUUGGACCAAUGAUUGGUGAAGAUCUGGACACCACACCAUUAAAGCAACGCAAGAGAACAAGACCUUGA